AUGUAUCGUCAAUUUCUCAUAAGACCCGAAGAUCGUCGGUACCAGCGAAUAUUGUGGCGAGACAACGACGACAAGAUAAAAACCUACGAACUUAACACCGUCACGUUCGGAUUAUCUCCCGCACCGUUCCUCGCCAUCAGGAGCAUUCAACAGUUAGCGGACGACGAAAGAGUUGAGGCUCCAGUCGCGGCAACCGUUCUGCAGCGCGACCUAUACGUAGACGAUUUGUUGACCGGAGCGGACACUUACACAGAAGCAAUAAAUCUACGGGAACGAACAAUCAGGCUUCUUAAAUUGGGUGGAUUGCACAUUCGGCAGUGGGCUUCAAACGAACCACGACUUCUAACAGGACUUCCGGUAGCCCAAAUACACACCAAAUAUUUCGGAGACACAACGGUCAAGACUCUCGGCGUCUCGUGGCACGCGCGCGACGACCACAUCACCUACUCGGUGGAUCCGAAUAUCGAAACAAGAGUAACGAAGCGAACAAUCUUGUCCACCAUCGCGAAGAUAUUCGAUCCUUUAGGUCUGCUGGCACCUGUUAUUACGACUGCGAAGCUACUGAUGCAGCAACUAUGGCAACUGCAAUUGGCCUGGGACGAAUCCUUACCAGCCAGCAUCCACACCGAAUUGACCACCUACGUCAAGGAGUUGCCACUGCUAAAUCGGACAUCAUUCGAGCGACAUGUCUGUCAACGCGCCAUGCACGCCGUAGAAUUGCACGGAUUCUGCGACGCAAUGGUCCUGAGCUGGCUGAGGAAAGAGCCAUGCACGCUAAAAACGUUCGUAGCAAAUCGAGUGUCCGAAAUCCAACAGAAAACGGGCAUCGCAGUGUGGCAUCAUGUCCAAUCAGGAGACAAUCCAGCGGAUCUGAUAUCGCCGAGGACAGUCAUCUGCAGAAUUUUUAAACGAUUCUCUCUGGCGUCACGGACCAGCAUGGCUCGCCAACAACGUCGCGGAUUGGCCCAAGUCACGAUUCAUCAUCACCUCAGAGGUUCCGGAAACCCGUUCGCGCGCAUGUUUCGCGACCACAAUCGUUCGCAGCGAAGAAAUCUUGAAUCGAAAGGUUCUCGUCGAGAAUUAACACUAUCUGCCGAAGAAAUCCACUACGCCAACGAACAGAUUUUGAGGCUCGUUCAAGCCUCCUCCUUCGAUCAAGAAAUCCGCGAUCUCAAAACCGGCAGGUCAUUACAUACGAAGAGCCGUCUUCUGCCAUUGCACCCGUUUCUGGACGACAAGGGACUACUUCGCGUCAGCGGUCGGCUACAAAACGCAACCGUGCCAUUCGACCAGAAGCAUCCGAUCCUGCUUCCAAAAAACAAUUAUAUUACCGAUUUGAUAUUGCGUCAAGCCCACGUGGAGGGACACCACUCGGGUGGCCUCCGCGUAAACCCUCCGGCCGUGCAUUAUCUGAUGGGCGCCUUACCUGCGGCACGCGUCUCCGAAUGUCGACCAUUCUACAAUAGCGGCGUCGAUUAUUGCGGACCGUUCCACAUCAAAGAAAAACGUUUUCGAAACCGCAAUCGCCUUAAAAUUUAUGUGGCCGUUUUUAUAUGCUUCGCGACGAAGGCCGUUCAUCUCGAGGUCGUUGGUGAUAUGACCACCGAAGCCUUCAUCGCGGCUUUAAAACGUUUCGUCGCGCGAAGAGGAAUCUGCCGGAACAUAUAUUCGGACAAUGGCACCAACUUCGUAGGCGCCAGCAACGAGAUGGCCGAAGUACAUCAAACGCUAGAGAACGACGAAAAGUUCAACACAUUCGCGAUCGAAGUCGAGGCAAUUUUAAACUCCCGUCCAUUAACUCCUGUGUCAUCUGAUCCCAACGAUCCCUCCGCGUUAACUCUUGCUCAUUUCUUGAUUGGCACUUCUUUAACGAGCAUACCCGAGACCGAUUUCAGCAAUCUUCCCAGCAAUCGGUUGUCAAAUUGGCAACACAUUCAGAAGGUCAAGCAGGACUUCUGGACCAGAUGGCAUAAGGAGUAUAUCCACCAGCUGAACGUGCGAACAAGGUGGAUCAAGGGUUCGCACGAGAUCAAGGAAGGAUCCCUGAUCAUCUUAAAAGAUGAUCAUCUUCCACCGCUACAAUGGCAUCUCGGACGAGUCGAGGAGGUGCAUCCAGGAGCGGACAACAUCAUCCGAGCAGUCACCGUCCGGACCAACCAGGGCACCUACCGACGCAACGUGAAGCAGCUGGCGCUGCUCCCAAUUCCAAACGAGGAACCUCCCCAACGAUAA